AUGCUGUUUGGAAACUGGACCAAGCUGGAGAUCAAGGACUCAAGUUGUGAAGAGCUGACAACUUUAAAGAUGAUCGCACUGUGUCUGAUAUUUCCACUUCUUGUAGAGAUGGAUGGGGUAGCUGGGACUGAAUCCUCAUCCAUCAGUCAGGAGAUUGGUCUCAUGUCAGCCAACGUUGGAGACACAGUGGUUUUGCGUUGCUUCAAAGCAGGCGAUGAGGGAAUAAUGUUCUCCUUUUACAAGCAAACGUUUGGAAAUAUUCCUCAGCUCAUCUCAACCAUCUAUAAGCAUGGCAGGAAUGCAACAUUUUACCAUGAGUUUAAGGAUAUCCCUCGCUUCUCAGUGGAAGGUGGCCAAGGGAAAAAUGAUCUAAUGAUCACAGACGUGGAACUCUCUGAUUUAGGCACGUACUACUGUGGAAGUGAUUAUGGAUACAAGUCAGAGUUUGUACAUGGAGUCACGCUCAUCAUAAAAGAUUCAGGUUCCAAAAAAAUGCCAGUUAUACAUCAGCCUGUGUCUGAGUCAGUCCAGCCAGGAGACUCUGUGACUCUGAACUGUACAAUACACACUGAGACCUGUGCAGGAGAACACAGUGUCUAUUGGUUCAGACAUGGCUCAGGAGAAUCCAAUCCAGGAAUAAUUUACACUCAUGGAGACAGGAGUGAUCAGUGUGAAAAGAGCCUUGAAGCUGUGUCUCCUACACAGAGCUGUGUCUACAACCUCCCCAAGAGGAACCUUAGCCUCUCUGAUUCUGGGACUUACUACUGUGCGGUGGCCUCAUGUGGGGAGAUACUGUUCGGGAAUGGUACCAAGCUGGACAUUGAGGAUGGUUGUAAGGAGGACCAGGUUCUCUUGGUGUACUGUCUGGGUGUAGCGUUGGGUCUGUGUGUCAUCAUCAUCACUGUCCUAGCUUGUUUUAUGUAUAAGAUUACCAAGAAAACCUCUCUGCUGUCCAGAGGAACGCAUCCUCAGCCAAGUGGUCCGAUAGUCCCCAGUUCUCAUAACCAGGAUCAAGAAGAUGAUGACACACUCACAUCGGUCCAUUACGCUGCUCUGAAUGUCAUCCACAAGAAGCCAAAGACCCAGAGACAGAGGAGCCCCUUGGAGAGAGACACGGAGUACUCUGGGGUGAGGUGCCAAAACAUGGACUGA